GUACCUGGUGAAUCAGGUUCAAGAUCAUAUUCAGAGCAGAAUUGUCUACUACCUGAUGAACAUCCAUGUCACACCUCGCACUAUCUACCUCUGUCGUCAUGGAGAAAGUGAACUCAACCUUUUGGGGCGUAUCGGAGGGGAUUCCGGUCUCUCAUCACAAGGAAUGAAGGAACCACACCUGAGGACAGACUGCUAUUAACAACUGCAAGAACAGAUGGCCCUACAGUAGGAAAGACCUCUUUAAAAAGUCGAGGAGAAACAGCAUCAUGUGGAGAACCUGAGGGCUUCAAAUGAUCAACAAAUCUCCUGUAACACAGACAAGAGUUGCAUACUAUGGUUAACUAAAAUCACAUGGGUAGCAUGUUUGGUAUCGAUGGACUCCAACUUUCGUUUCCUAUUUGAACAAAGACUCAUAAAGUUUCCUCCGAGGGAACAACUCUUUAUUGGCUCAGUCACUUUAAGAAGAAGCUUCUAAGGAACUCCAAGCUUGUGCCAGGCUCUGGCCUAGACUUUCCAUUCACCAAAGAUCCUCUGAAUCCAACUGGUUCUCUUUCAUCAAGACAACAUCAACAAAGAUCAACGGGAGCUUCCAGAGGAGCAUUUGAGCUUUAUUAUAGCUCUCAAUUGCUGUUUUCACAGCAUUUCUCUGCCCUGUUGAUUUGCGAUUUGGGCUGGUUCCUCUGCGUGUGUACUGUUAGGCGAUCAGUGUGUACCUGCAGUUACAUCGCGGCUGUUCCCUGUGUGCUUCAGCACAAACAGCAGAGCUGAAUUUCCCCUUUUCUAAAAGAGUUUCAUAGAUGAACCCUGCGUCUUUUUCAAGAUGUCAUUUCGUCUGUACAUUACUGGAUGCGGUCGUUCCCUGGUCCCCGCUGAUGGUCACAAUCGCUGUGUCACAUGCCUGGGCGUUCAGCAUGCUGAGGCAGCCUUUGUGGAUAGUUCAUGUUCUCACUGCGGGAACAUGACUAUUUCAGUGUUGAGGUCUAGACUCUCGUUCCUUGGUUCUCAGGGGGCAGGGGUCCCCUCCCCUAUUUUCUCUGGCUCCGGCCAGGGGAGCGGCACGACGGCGUGUAGGCAGGGUGACCUGAGGAUUACAGUCAGGGCUUCCCCGCCGGGCCCCUUUCUCCUCUGCAACACUGCAGCCUGUGGUGUUGCCGGCGGAGUGUGCUGGUCCCUCCAUGGAGCGACCAUCCGUUUCCUUCGGUGCACCUGCGGAUGAGCAGAUGUUGAUCGCGGCAUCGGAAGGUGAGCUAGAGGAGAUGAAGACUCAGCUGCGCUGCCUCCCUCCGGGACCGUAGCGUUGCCUGAGCCUGAUCCCGAGUUGACGGCUAUGCUUUCCCGGGCCGCCAAGAAGGUCGGGCUCAUGUGGAAUCCUCCACCACGUCCCAAACCUUCUCGGUUGGAUGAUUGGUUUCUCGGGGCGGCCCACACUGGUCCUCAGCGCCCCGCCCCGGUACUGUUCUUCCCGGAGGUGCAUGAGGAGGUGACCAGGUCUUGGAGGACGCCCUAUAGCGUUCGUGCCAGGCCUGGCCCCUCCUCCGCCUUCACCACCCUGGAUGGCGGGGAGGCCAAGGGGUACGCUGGGAUCCCCCCAGUCGAGCGGUCCGUUGCGAUGCAGUUGUGUUCAAUGGCCGCCGGCUGGCACGGUGAACCACGUCUCCCAUCCCGGGCCUGUAAAUUCUCGUCAAGCUUGAACGAGAAAGCUUACAGAGCAUGCGGACAGGCCGCCUCCGCCCUGCAUGCCAUGGCCCUUUUACAGGUCUAUCAGGCCAAAGCGCUCAUGGACAUGCCCCAGGGUUGUCUUGACCAACAGCUUCUGGGGGAGAUGCGCACCGCCACUGACUAAGGUGACGGCACGGUCAGUUGGUCAAGCAAUGGCUACCCUCAUAAUCCAGCUGGUCCUCAGCGCCCCGCCCCGGUACCAUUCUUCCCGGAGGUGCAUGAGGAGGUGACCAGGUCUUGGAGGACGCCCUAUAGCGUUCAUGCCAGGCCUAGCCCCUCCUCCGCCUUCACCACCCUUUUCCCCCAGUCGGUUGUAGACACUAUCACUUCUGCUAGAGCUCCUUCUACGAGGAACCUCUAUGCGUUGAAGUGGAACCUGUUCGUCGAAUGGUGUUCCUCUCACCGAGAGGACCCCCGAUCAUGUUCAAUCAGGUCUGUGCUUUCCUUCCUGCAAGAGGUCUUGGAGCGAAGGCUGUCUCCCUCCACCCUCAAGGUGUAUGUUGCCGCUAUUGCCGCACAUCACGAUGCAGUUGUAGGUAAGUCGUUGGGGAAGCACGACCUGAUCGUCAGGUUCCUGAGGGGGGCGAGGAGACUGAAUCCGCCUCGCCCUUCCUCUAUACCCUCUUGGGAUCUCUCCCUGGUACUUACAUCUCUCCAGGGUCAUCCCUUCGAGCCUUUGCAGUCAGUAGAGUUAAAAGUACUGUCCCUUAAGACCGGUGCCCGCAUCUCUCCCUCCCCCGGAGGAGGGCUGGGGGGAAUUUGUGUCUUGUCUCGUCCCGCCGCUGGCUCUCCGGAGUCCAGCGGUACCCACUUUUUCACAAAAAGAGCUGUUUCCCAAUCCUCCAGGUCCCAAGAGGGCGCGGCUGGCAGUGUGCGAGGCCCCACCUCACCACUCUCAGCCCCCUCUCACUUCGCCAGCAGGUCCCAGUGUGUUUGUCGAGGCCGCCUCUCUUGUGCCGUCUCCCAUACACACUGUCACCUCGCAGAGUCGGCCAAUCCUGGAUCUGCGUGUCCUGAAUCGGUCCCUUCACAGGCUGCCGUUCAAGAUGCUUACGCAGAAAUGCAUUUUCAAAUGCAUCUGUCCCCAGGAUUGGUUCGCAGCGAUCGACCUGAAGGACACGUACUUUCAUGUUUCGACUCUGCCUCGACACAGACCCUUCCUACGGUUUGCGUUCAAGGGUCGGGCAUAUCAGUACAAAGUCCUACCCUUCGGGCUGGCCCUGUCGCCCCGUGUCUUUACGAAGGUUGUGGAGGCGGCCAUUGUUCCGCUCAAGGAACAGGACGUUCGCACUCUCAACUACCUCAACGACUGGCUCAUUCUGGCCAGCUCGCGGGAGCAGUUGUGCGAACACAGGGACAUGGUGUUAGCUCGGUUGGGUCUUCGGGUCAACUGGGACAAGAGCAAACUAGCCCCCGGGCAGAGGAUCUCUUAUCUUGGUAUGGAACUGGACUCGGUCGCCCGGACAGCGUGCCUCACCGAGGAGCGCGUCCAGUCAGUGUUGAACUGCCUGAGUACGCUCAAGCGCAGUACAGCGGCCCCACUGAAACUUUUUCAGAGGCUCCUGGGACAUAUGGCAUCCGCAGCUGCAGUCACGCCACUCGGAUUGCUUCACAUGAGGCCGCUUCAGCACUGGCUCCACGGCCAGGUCCCGAGAUGGGCGUAGCAGAGUGGUACGUUCUGUGUCCCCAUGACACCGAACUGCCGUCGCACCCUCACUCAGUGGUCAGACCUUUGGUUCCUGCGAGCAGGAGUUCCCCUCGAACAAGUGUCCAGGCAUGCUGUGGUGUACACAGAUGCUUCUGCCACUGGGUGGGGAGCCAUGUACAACAGGCAUGCAGUUUCGGGUCUGUGGACGGGGCCUCAACUGCAUUGGCAUAUCAAUUGCCUCAAGUUGCUAGCAGUACAUCUUGCACUGGGCUGCUUCAAGGAGCUGUUGACAGACAAGCACGUACUGGUCCGCUCGGACAGCACUGCAACCGUUGUGUACAUCAACCAUCAGGGUGGUCUACGCUCACGUCGCAUUUCGCAACUCGCCUGCCAUCUCUUGCUAUAGAGUCAGAAGCAUCUGAGGUCGCUUCAUGCCAUUCACGUCCCAGGAGUGCUCAACUGUGCAGCCAACGAGCUCUCACGGCAGCCUCCGCUUCCAGGCGAAUGGAGACUCCAUCCCCAGGUGGUCCAGCUGAUUUGGCAGCGCUUCGGGGCUGCACAGGUUCUAUUCCCUGACUGAGUGCACUCUCGGUACGUGCCUGUAAUUCGGGUCCGGUGACUCUCACAUUAUCCUGAGACCCUGGCCUGGAUAUGUGCCCAAGGUUCCUACCACUCCCUUCAGAGAUCAGGUAGUGAACCUGCAAGCGCUGCCUUCGGAGGAGACAGACCCAGCCCUGGCUUUGCUCUAUCCCGUCCGCGCUCUGUGCCUGUACGUGGAUAGAACGUGAAGAUUUAGGACCUCAGAUCAGCUCUUUGUCUGUUACGGAGGCCAGCAGAAGGGAAAGGCUGUCUCCAAGCAGAGGAUGGCCCACUGGAUAGUGGACGCCAUCUCCUUGGCUUAUCAGUUCCAAGGCGUGCCUUGCCUGCUCGGGUUAAGAGCUCACUCCGCUAGAGGAGUUGCCUCUUCCUGGGCACUGGCACACUGCGCCUUGCUGACAGAUAUCUGUAGAGCUGCGGGCUGGGCGACACCCAACACGUUCGCUAGAUUCUAUAGCCUUCGUGUGGAACCGGUAUCUUCCCGUGUACUCCCUUCCAGUAGCCGGUAAACGCGAAGAACCCGUUCUAGUGUCGGCUUGCAAUGCCAUUCUGCCCCCUUGGCCGGAUACAUGCAUCCAUUACUCCAGUAGAGUUCCCAGCUUGGCGAACCCUGUUGAGUUCCUCCUCCUCCCCUUGCGGCUCAGACAUUGCGGAGUAUCUGAUGCCAGGUCAAACGUCCGUCACCGACGUUGAUGUUUGGCUGGGUGCCAUAUGUCGUGACCCCUCCACGUGAGUGGUCCCAUAUGUGUAUUGUCCAUGGUUAACUCCCCACGGUGAGCACGUGUCUUUCCCUUAGCAGAGCCAGCUCUGCUGUCACCUGUCAGAUGAGUCUCCCCCUAUCCCCCCCAGUCCAUAUGUGUACUUCCACGUAAAUUCCUCCCCUACGGGUAGGUUGUGGUCUCCGCAGCGUCCCCUCCGGGUUCACUUCCCCAUUGUUGUCUAAGUCUUACUGUAGUGGGUCUUGCGGAACAGCAGUAGACUCUCUCAGUGUAAGCUCGCCCCCUUCUCCGCCCCCCAGGUGCGCCGGGUGGCUGGAGCUUAUGCUGGACGCUGGAAGGGGUCAGAAACUGUGGUGCUUUAUUUGGGAUCCCAAUUCGUCGGUCACUACUGACGUACAUCGAACGUGACCGACUGAAAGGGAACGUCUCGGUUACGUAUGUAACUCUUGUUCCCUGAAGGAGGGAACAGAGACGUACGUCCCGUCGCCACAGUUCCUGUGCCCUCGCUGUAGUGCAGACGUAAGGUUGUCUCCUCAGCGAAAAACAGAGUGCGAUUGCAUCCGCUUCCGUAUUUAUACCCACCUGGCGGGGGCGGUGCACAUUAUGCAAAUAUCGCACGCCAAUUCCAAUGGCUUGUUUUAGUUCACUCGAAGCUGAUAGGGCUCUCUGGCGAUAUCCCAAUUCGUCGGUCACUACUGACGUACGUCUCCGUUCCCUCCUUCAGGGAACAAGGGUUACAUACAUAACCGAGACGGUUUGCUCAAGGCUGUUGAUCUGCUGAAUUUCAAACAAUGCUGUAACUUCUUGCUUUCCUGUAUUCUGCUUCAGCUCUCUCUUUCCCCUGGUAAACUGUAUGCAUAUAUGUGUGUGAAUGUUAGAGUAGUUUAAGUGUUUAGUCUAGUUAAUAAAGUCUUGUUUAUGUCACACGUAAAGUUGUCUGUGUUUCAUGCUUAUAUACUGGAGUUCCUUAUCAUGCAGAUCCUGACUACAUGCUCUGAGUAGGACUGUACAAUAAGAAUGUUAUUUCCCAUAACCUGGAAAUUAACAUUUCUUAGAAUUAAAGGAAAUGAAAAUAAUGUCAUUUAUUACUCACCCUCAUGCCGUUCCACACCCGUAAGACCUUCGUUAAUCUUCGGAACACAAAUUAAGAUUUUUUGUUGAAAUCCGAUGGCUCAGUGAGGCCUCCAUAGCCAGCAAUGACAUUUCCUCUCUCAAGAUCCAUUAAUGUACUAAAAACAUAAACAGUUCAUGUGAGUACAGUGGUUCAAUAUUAAUAUUAUAAAGCGAUGAGAAUAUUUUUGGUGUGCCAAAAAAAAAAAAUAACGACUUAUAUAGUGAUGGCCGAUUUCAAAAUAAUAAAUGACAUUAUUUUCAUUUUUGGGUGAAUUAACCCUAUAAUAAACAAUUAACACUGAGUGUUCAUUGGUCGAACAGGUUAAUUGAUUGUAAUAUUAAUUUUAUUACAUUAAGUUAAUUUUAUUAACUGAUCCAAAUAUUUAUACUUAAUUAUAACUAGUUAUGAUUAAUUAUUCAUAUUUCUUUGAGCUAAUUUGCUACAGGGUUACAACAAUCUGUGUUGUAUAAAGCACUAUAUGCACUAAGGUGAAUUGACUGGACACUAAUUCUAAUCAGAAGAUC